GACUCAUGUUGUGUUUUUAUUUUAAUUUGAUCAUCUUGUCUUCCGUAGUCGAAUGUGGUGCUGAAAGUUUUAUUAACUUUACAAAUAAAUCUGUUAAACGACAAGAAAAAUUAUGAAAAUAGUGGUUUAUGUAUGGUACAGCUAUUUUGUAUGUUUGGUACUGCUCUAGUUUAUGUAUCGUACAGAUAUUGUCUAUGCAUGAUACAGCAGUAUUCCAUGCAUGGCACAGUCAAUGGGCACAGCUCUAGUUUAUAUAUGGUAAGCUCAAGUCUUUGUAUAGUACAGCUCUAGCCUAUAAAUGGUACAGCUCUAGAUUAUGUGUAGUACAGUUGUCUCUAUGAACGAUACACCUCUAGUUUACGUAAGUUACAGCUCUAGUCUAUGAGUGGUAUACAACCGUUAUCUGAUACCACUGGCACAGUAGAAACUGGUCGUAAAGUAUCAGAGUAAAGUUUGGUAUUGGACAACUGAUCUCAAUACGAUUGAGUAGAACUGUAGUAAAGAUCAAAAUGGCUACUAGCGCCACAGUUCACUAUACUGGCCAAAAAGUAUCUAAGGUGAAAUGGGAACCUUGUACGCAUCUAAGGCGGUCUACGGUGUUUGCAACUGGUGGUUGGGAUAAUGAUGUGAAUCAGCUAUGUUUGUGGAGUGUAGCGGAUAUAGAGGACACUACAAAUAUAAGUAGCAGUAAUAUUCCAGAUGAGCCACAGUUAUUGGCAGCUAUAAACCAUACAGGCAGUGUGACGGACCUAAAGAUCUUGGAUAAAGAUAAAAUUCUAACAUCAUCAUCCUGUGGUAACAUCACAUUACAUAAGUUUAAUAGUCACAAUAAGGAAUUAAGAAUAUCUCAAAGCUGGUCUGGUAUGCAUUAUUUUAAUAACAUCACUCAUUGCUCAUGUACAUCUCUGGCGACCAAUCCAAAUCUUCCAGACUUUGUAAGUGCUGGAGAGGAUGGCAAAAUUGUCAUGCUAAGAAUUGAACAUACCAAGCCAUUGAGAACCCUUGCAUCAGCCGAAUCCACAACAAUAUCUGGAGUAACUUUUGUGAAAUCCUAUGAAAUUGCAACUGUUAAUUUUAUUGGCCAGCUCAAGGUGUGGGAUCUACGGCAGAAUGGUGACAAACCUGUCUCUGCUAUGUUUCUAAGUGGAGAUAGAGUGCCAUUGUUGUGUGUUGACAAACAUCCAACACAACCACACCUCAUUGUGACAGGUGGUCAGGAUGGAGUUCUUGGUGUAUGGGACAUGAGACAAGAACGAUAUCCAGUUACACUUCUUGAAGCUCAUUCAGCUGAAAUUUGGCAAGUGUUGUUCUACCAACCAAAUCCUGAUCAUUUAUUUACUUGCUCUCAAGAUGGUUCUGUCUGGCAAUGGAAUGGCUCAUCCAUGAAGGCAUCAAGUAUUGACAUAAAUAAAAUAUUAAAUCCUGAUGGCAACCAGGCAGCAGAAAUUACAACAGUAUCAAAUCAUGUUCCAACUCCCUGGCUCUCGGCAGAUGCAAGCAAGCACAAAAUUGAGACAUUUUCCCUUCUUCCCUACAAUCGCUCUUCUGUGAACUCAAUAGAUAUAAGUGGACAAAAUUUAGUUUGUGGCACAGAUGCUGAAGCUGUCUACAUCCUUGAAAAUUUAGAUUUGGUUUCAUAAAAGCAAUUUUAGCUUUGGACUCUUGGCUUUUAUUUUUAAUAUAAUUUAGCAAAACUGCCAAAAGCAGAAAUAAUGUAAUCAUAUGAUAGAUGCGUUGUUCCUUAGUAUUUGACCAUAAGUUCACAGAAUGUAAAGUUUGCAAAUCGCGCGGGCAAGUUAAAUUUUGUGUUAUCUCUUUGUGCAGGAAAACAUCAUAUUUGUUAAAAA